AAAUACUCAUAAUUCAGGUAAUCUUAUUGUUUUCGAGGUGGUGGUGGCAGCACACGAACCCGGUUUAUUAGCUAUGUGAACAGUGUACAAUUUCCUCGAUAUUUUUUUUUAUUUUUUUUCGGGAACAGUCAAAGUAAAAGAAAUAGUCGAAAAUGGUCGAAAAGAAUGUGGAAGAUAAAGAGAAGGGCGACGAAUUAUCUCCUCUUAACGAAAAAGUUGAAAACACAGAAAUCAAGAAACUUACCAUUCUACAAAAAUUAAAAGUUAUCAAAUCUAAAACCACAGUAGAACCAAUUAUGGCAUGUUAUAUAAUGCCAAGUGUACUUGCAUCUUUGGCGACACAGAAUUUAAAUCUAGAAAAAGCUUGUCAUGUUAACCUUAACUUUAGUGAUGAAAUUUGUUUUGCCUUAAAACGCAGAGAAACGGAAAACUACACUAUAUAUGAGGACCAAGUGCAAACAUUAAUUGCGAGCGUACAGGCUUGGAAAAAUAUUAUCCAAACAGCAAUUCCCGUGAUCAUAAUAUUAUUUGUCGGUGCAUGGAGUGACAAAACUGGUAAAAGAAAAGCCUGUAUUUUGAUGCCAAUCGUGGGUGAAUUUAUUACGUGCAUCGGUUUCAUUAUCAAUACAUAUUUCUUCUACGAAUUGCCAGUCGAGGUUGCUGCACUAACAGAAUCAAUUUUUCCUGCCAUAACAGGGGGCUGGUUUACAAAUUUCAUAGGUGUCUUCAGUUACAUUGGUGAUAUAACUACAAAUGAGGAUAGGACGUAUAGAGUUGGUAUAGUUAAUUUAUGCAUGUCCCUUGGUUAUCCGAUUGGAAGUGCGUUGAGUGGAGUUUUGUUGACUUGGAUAGGUUAUUACGGAAUUUUCUCCUUAUCAGCUAGUUUCUACUUAUUUAGUCUGAUUUAUGGAUACUAUUUCCUGGAGGAUCCCAAGAGAGACGCAGUAAAUGAGAAACCUCGGGGAUGUUUUAGCUUUAUAAGAGAAUUUUUCGAUAUAGCUCUCGUUAUAGAAACUUUUAGAGUGGCAUUUAAAAAGGGUCCCGGUAAUAGACGACUUCGUGUUUCUCUUCUACUUCUAGUGGUGUUUGUCGUGUUUGGGCCAUCGCAAGGUGAAUUCAGUAUAUUAUAUCUCUUUACGAGAUACAGAUUUAAUUGGGAUGAGGUCCAAUUUAGUCUUUGGUCGACGUACAGCAUAGUGACCAAUUUACUUGGAACGGCGUUCUCAAUAAGUUUGUUCAGCAAUUACAUGAAACUUGACGAUACUUUGUUAGGCAUUAUAUCUAAUAUGAGCAAAAUAGUAGCAGCUUUCGCUUACGCCUUCGCAAGAACUGACUUUGAAAUAUAUAUGGCUCCGCUUCUUGAAAUAUUAAAUGGCACUUCUUUCAUUGCAAUGCGCUCUAUUGCAUCCAAAUUAGUAUGUGGCGACGAAUUUGGUAAAGUAUAUUCAUUGUUUGGUGUAGCGGAAGCCAUGACUCCGCUACUAUAUGGGCCACUAUAUUCAAGAGUUUAUAUUUCAACUCUAAAUAUCCUGCCAGGAGCUGUCUUCCUCCUUGGAGCUUUACUUACUGUUCCCUCUAUUAUUAUAUUUGGGUGGCUGUACUUUGAACAUCAAAAGGACAAAGUUAGGAAUGCCGAAGAUCUAAAAUGUGUCGAAAGUGAAAAGUGACUAAGUAAAAACUAUUUAAGUAUAUUAAAAAGUUUCUAAUUUUUUAUCAGCGAAAAAAUACAAAAAAUGCAAAAUUUUUAGCAUCCCAUCUUUGUUGAAACUCCUUAAAAUAUGUUCUUCUUACAAUUUCCGUGUUGGACAAAUAUUUUUCAUGUUGGUUUCAUUUGAAUUUUGAAAUCACAUUUAAAUGUGUUCAGAGCUGGUUUUAAAUUUACAUUAUUUUAGAUAAUGCUACGUCAUGUAAUAUAUAAAGAUAGAGUGAUAUGUAAAAAAUAACAUUUUUUUAAUAUGACGCAUAUCUAAAUAUAAAAAUUUGUAUAUUCCUGUUUUUGAUUUAUUUUCUACAUAAAAAAAGAUAAUAUUUUUUUUGCAUUAAUUAAAGAUUAUAAUGACAUCUUCUUUUUCACUUAUAUUUUUUAAUAAAAGUUUGUAAGCGAUUCUAUGUAUAUACAUAUAUAGGCUUGCUAUACAUACAUAUGUAUUCGUA